AUGGAGGGAAUACACCAUGGUGGAGGUUACGGGGGAGGCCGGCCAUUACAAUCCACAGCCUUCCCAGAUAUGGACCCUCAUAUGAUGUCAGAGGAAUUCUCUUUCGAUUCACCUUUCAGUGCUUCCAACAGUUCGACUGCACAGGAUACAAUGCUCGAUGACUCGAUCUUUCCGGAGUGGAAAAGCGGUGCCCCGCGCGGUGGCGAUAACCCCGAUGAGAUGCAGCGGCAAGACCCCUUGGCUGCUCAGAUUUGGCGGCUGUACACCAAGACGAGAGCCAACUUGCCCAAUCAGGAACGAAUGGAGAACUUGACCUGGCGAAUGAUGGCCAUGAACUUGAAGCGCAAGGAGCGGGAACAGCAGCAGCUUGCUCGAUCGUCGCAAACCAAUCAGAAUAACGCCAGUCCCACCCCGAGCGGGAUUGCGCAGUUGCAUCUGUCCGACCAGGCUUCGACAGCAGACUCGAACCCCAGCAUGAACCUCGAUGCGACACCCGACCCAAUGAACUUGGAUGACUUCAUCGUUCCCUUUGAUUCCCCCGCCGAUUAUUCAUCCCAUCACGCCGCUGCCGACCGCCAGUUCACCGCGACACCCACUGCUUCGAUCCCGAUUAAAUCGCGCAAGGACCAGCCAACGGCCGAUAACGCCGCUGCAGCGUCGUUUCCAAACCCCCCACAGGAGCAGCGCAAGAACGGCGAGUUCGGUUAUGUCGCUCGUCGAGUCCGAAAAACGAGUGUUGAUGAGCGUCAGUUUUUCGCUGGCCUCUCAGUACCUGGACGAAAACGCCCAGCAGAGUCGUCGCCGCAUGUGCCCCCGGUUUCCAACUCCAUGUUAGCACAUCAUUCCGACUUGUCGGCUGGCGGGCUGCCGGAUUAUUCCCUCGAUCAUUCAUCGAUCCCAGGCUUUGCCAUCCCUGCGAACGGCAUCGGCCAUCGAGGCCCCCAUCAUCACCAUCACACUGUGUCGUCCGGUGGCUUGCCGUACGGUCUGGAUACAUUCGGUGGCGGUGAUGAGAGCGCCCUCAGUUCCGCUGGCCCUUACCAGCAGCACUUCACAUUCUCUCCUUCCGACUCUCCGAUGACUGCCGGUAACCCCUUCUCCAACCUGUAUGCGCAAACCCCACUAGCCUCUUCUCUUAACUCCACCGAGUUCUUCUCCCCUCCGCCAUCCGGAUAUCAGUCUGCCGUGUCGACCCCUCAACCAAUCUAUGAAGGAGAGCAAUCCGUAUUUUUCAACGAUAACUCGACUGGUGACUCUCACAACUCACGCCGUAUUCCUGCUUAUUUACAGCAGCGGUCUUCUAACUUGUCGGCGUCGCUCCAACCGCGUCAGAUGUAUAACACCACCAAUGGUGAAUACCAGUCACCUGUGACGGGACCGCCAACAAACAUGGGGUUCUCAAUCCCACAGCAGCAUGUUGAUCCCACCCACGUGCUGGGAGGCCAUGGCGAAUAUUCGUCCACGGCGCCUGCCACCAACAGCAUGUUUACAUUUGGCGGCGAUUCGGAUAACGAGGAUGACGACGGUCAGACCUUUGAACGCGGAGGUAUUGCGAUGCCUCACGACUUCUCAUCGAUGGACGAAACCGGUGAUAUGAACCCUGGUCUAGGGUGGGAUGCUGGUUACUCUGGCUCCGUUCAGUCUCUGCCAGGUUUCAAUGGCCAGCAUCGUAAGCACGUCACCAUCGGGUCUACUGACAUGAUGGAAAGCCCGACCGACUGGCACUACAAUGGGGGCCUCGGCCGUACACAUGGAUCUGCCGCCUCUGUCAGUGAAGUUCGCAACCGAGAGAAUGAUCCUCGUCGUCAGCAGAAGAUUCCACGCACAGCUUCAACCCCUAACGCCCCAGGGCUCUUGCGACAGAGUAUGAAUGGUACCAUGAGCGGGCCUCCAACAAACCACCCAUCUCCAAACACUCCACCUGAGUCUGGUCUCAGCAGCGCCGUUCCAUCCCGACCGGCUAGUCCCGGUGGAUCUAAAAACGGGGACCCGAAUAGCGGCCCAACCACCUGCACCAACUGUUUCACUUCUACUACCCCUCUGUGGCGUCGUAACCCUGAGGGUCAGCCACUAUGCAAUGCCUGUGGUUUGUUCCUCAAACUUCACGGUGUCGUUCGUCCAUUGUCACUUAAAACCGACGUCAUCAAGAAGCGUAACCGCGGCAGUGCUAGCAGUUUAGCAGUCGGCACCUCUCGUUCCUCCAAGAAGUCUUCCCGCAAGAAUUCCAUCGCACAGACUCCCAUCAGUACGAUAUCCCGUGCCGCUGCCAACAGCAUGUCUGAGUCCCCGCCCGCUAUCACCGGAUCCAGUGGCUCUGGGAAACCUGGCGUAGUACCUAUUGCUGCCGCUCCUCCCAAGGCUGGACCCCCAGCUGGAGUAGCUCAGGCUCGUGCAGGUGUGCAGGUGGCUCCUAGACGGCAGCGCCGUAUUGAGAAGGCACCUGGUGGAUUUGAACAAGAUGGAGACGACAGUCCCAAGGCAAACGCGCCUGCUAGUCGAUCCAAGGUUGUUCCAUUAGCACCGGCUAUGCCUCCGGCAGCUGCAAACCCUGCCAACCACAGUAUUGCGGGAGGACAAGGUGCCAGCCAAGAAUGGGAAUGGCUCACAAUGAGUCUGUAG